GUAUUGAAAAAGGUGAAAAAAAAGGUGGCGAAAAAAGUCUGCAAAAAAAAAAUGCAAAUGUUUAAAAAAUAUUCAUAAAUGUUUCAGUUUGCACUGCGUAUAUUAGAGUGUGGGCGUGUUGGAGUGGGAGCCGCUGCUGUAAGUCUACUGAAGAAUCUCCUUGCUUCAGUAGUACAGGCAGCAAUCUCACGGACACGGUUUGGAAAAAAGCUGUGCGAGUUUGAUUUAAUCAAGCAAAGGGUUGCCAAGAUCACUGAAAACAUAUAUGCCAUGGAAAGCAUGACCUAUCACACGGCAGGACUAAUGGACACCUACGAGGAGCCUGACACUGGCCUGGAGGCCGCCAUCUUGAAGAUUUUCAGUUCUGAAGGUGUGUUUACCUGUGUAGAUGAGUGUUUACAUAUACUGGGAGCUGAGGGUUACCUGAGAGACCAGCCUUAUGAGCAAUACCUCAGAGAUGCCAGAAUGAUGGCUGGAUUUCCAGGCACCAAUGAUGUAACGAGACUGUUCAUUGCACUAAGGGGAAUACAACAUGCCAGCAAAGAUCUCCAGGGGUUCUUUAAGACCCUGAAAGAUCCAUUCAACAGUUUGACACAAUUUAUUAAAAAAGCUAAACCAGACUUCAAGACACUCAAAGUUGAAGAGGUUGUGCUUCCAAUUUUCAAGAAAGAGGCUUUGGAAAUGCAGGCAGACACCCUAGAAUUUCAUAACGUGCUGAAAGCAACAUUAGCAUCUUAUUCUAAAAAUAUUAUUGACCAGCAGAUGCUCCUUAAAAGGAUAGCAGAUAUUGCUGUGGACUUGUAUGCACAGGCUGCUUGUAUUAGUAGAGCCACGAGAGCAAGGAGUAUAGGACUUAAAAAUAACAAUCUUGAGGUAUUGUUGGCUAAAAGUUAUUGUUAUGCUGCACAUAGAAGAAUAUUAGGCAACUUGGAACUAAUACGUGAAGGGUUAACAUUCAUGAACAGCGAUGCAAAGCACAAGGAGAUAGCUGACAUGAUAUUCAGACACCAAGGUUACGCGGCAGAACUUCCUACCAAGAGAAUGUGGUGAUGGCACAGGUGCCAUAGCGCGAUUUUAUUUAAAACAGGAAAACAGCUUAUUGUUUUGUAUAAUAUGAUUUAAUAGUCUUUCUGGAAUAAAAUAAGACAAUUAUAAUGGUACCACUUAAUGAUUAACUACUGGUAAAUUGCAGGCACUCUAGAUAUGCAAGUGACAUUAGAAGCAUGGUGAAUGAUAAAAUUCACAACCAUACACUUGAGACCUUAUAUAGAAACAUUACGAUUCAGACCAUAUUCCGUUUGAAUUAAUCGAACAAUUUGAAGUGCAUUUAGCUGAUUGCACCUUUCUAUUGAUUCUGUCACGCUUUGUGAGACAUCCACUACACCACAGUGUAGUAAUUAUAUGGUGCGCGGUUAUUGAAUGUGCAGUUUUCUCGUGGAGGAUAUUAAUAAAUGUGUUGUUUAUCAAUA